UUUCCUAAGUUGACGGUUAGGCCAUAAUGGACAUUGCUCAAUUGAUAAACGAAGUUAUUAAGCGACAGGCGCUUUGGGACACCCAAACUUCCACAAGUUCUCGCCAGGGUCUGUGCGCAUUGCUGUGGAAAGAAGUAGCUGAAGCAAUGAAUUCGGACGUUGAAUUAUGUGAGAAAGGAUUCCGGAGCUUGCGCCACCUCUAUCGUUGCGAAAUUCGAAAAUUACAAAAUCGUGUCGUGGCCAAGUCGCAGUGGCCCCACUUUCAAUCCAUGGAGUUUCUGCGCCGGAUCUACGAUCCGGAGCAAUUGGUACCAUUUCCGCCGCAACAGAACUCAUCGCAGUCAGACAGCCUAGAUGGUUUCAUUGUAGAUGUCAGCAGCGAUGAUACACUCGCUUUUGAUGUUUCGGUUGAUAUGUUUAAGAGCAGAUUUCCUAAAACUUCUGGGCCGAAACAGUUAACUGUUAAUACUCGGCCUUGGAUUACCGUGGACUUGACAUUAGAUACCGAGAAUCCGUCCCCAGCAAUAUCUAGGGUGCCCACAUUGGACGAAGUGUGUGACAUGGAUUUUUUGAAAGGCUUGUUACCUAUUGUAAAGUCACUUUCUGAAGAGAAAAAACAGAUAUUUCGCAAUAAGGUAGUUCGCUUGUUAAAACGUUUGCAAAGUUUUGAAAAGGAACGAGCUUCCGUAAACGGAACUGAAGUGAAUUAAAUUAAUGUAUACUAUCUAUAAAUUUGAAUAUUGUACAAGUAUAUAAAAUACUUUACUUUUAUCAAAUUAUAUCAAUACAUUCUAUAAUACCAUUAUGGCAUUUAUCUGGUAAUAAAUUGUUAUUGGAAUGCAA